UCCGCGCGAACGCAAUCUCUUGGCUCAACGCUGGAUUACAAGCGCACUGCUCAAUGGCUACGUGAAAUCCUCAAGUAUCCCGAAACUUAUACUUCCAAAUUCACAGAGUUACCGCCAAAGACUCAAGCCAAAAGAUCCUCGUCAGCAGAGCAACGAAGGCAGUCUGAUACAGCGUUAUCCAGCUUCCACCCCUCCCGCCGUAUGACGGGCCUUUCGUCGCAUUCUAGAAGAUCUGAACCGAGGAUCGAUCCAUUGAUAUUUCAACGCGCUGUCAAUGACCUCGAGAAGCUUAUGAAUGAAGCUAUCGCAUUGGCUUCAGAAGUGGUGCAGGGUGCUGACAGUCCCUCUUGCCCUAAACCUCACCAGGCAUCAAUCACUCUCCAUUCUCGCUGCCAUAGUGUACCUGGUGGCCAGGAUGGAGCUUCCCUAGAUAAUGGCACAUCAGACUGUACUCAUGAGAGCCCCGGUAGGCUCGAGGAUGUGGACAUCCACGACGACAGCCAGCAGAAGAGGCCUUUAUACCAACAUGCAGCCACAUAUACUGGCGCUCCCGAACGUCCGCGGCUAAAUGAAAUCUUGCAAAACUACUCCAAUACAUGUGACAAUGCAGCUGUUACGAAUUUCCCGGUUCAAGAAGCGGCACCGCCUCAGGCUGUAGCCGAAGCAUCAUUGGCUGUACCAGGAAGAAGAUCCAGCAUCAAAGGAGUGGGCUUUGCUUCACAAGGUUCUCGCAAAGCGUCAGACAGGACACAAAAACUCAAUCGUAAAAGGCAGUACGAUGAUUUGGCAAAAGGAACAAAGGAUGCUACCGUAAAAAGCCAAUCUCGUCAAAUCAAAUCGAAACCAAAGGGUUCGCAUGCACGGCAUGCUUCACACGAGUCCGGGGAGGACGAUCCUCCAGGGCGCGAGGCUGCCGGCCGUCGACCGCAUGCUGAUCACGGAAUCAACCUUCGGCGCCGAUCGCAUGUCAGUUUACGGGGUGCUCAAGGAUUCAGCUUGGCCAAAUCAGCCAAACGGCAACCCACAGCCAGAGAUUGGUCGCCAAUUCGCAAGAGAUUCGUUGCUACUGUUGCCUGUAUCAGUACCGCUCUGAUUGGCGUUAUUCUGGGUGUUUAUGCUGGAUUAGUCCCUUCAAUCCAGUACUAUAUCAUCGAUCAGUCUCAUGCUACAGUACAUGGAAACACUGGCUGUUUUCUGGGUUUGGCCUUACCAACCUUCUUUCUGUGGCCACUUCCACUGUUGCAUGGACGGAAGCCAUACAUCAUGACGAGUCUCGUCCUUGCCAUGCCUCUUCUAUUUCCUCAAGCACUUGCAGUCAACGCUCAGAGGCUGACCAACACAGGGAUGUGGAGAGCUACACUUCUUGUAUCUCGAGCAUUAAUGGGAGCCUCGCUUGGUUUUGCCAGCAUGAAUUUUCAUUCAAUACUGACAGAUUUGUUCGGCGCAUCGCUCAUGAGCACAAAUCCCCACCAAGAGGUAGUUGAUCACUACGACGCAAGACGGCAUGGCGGUGGCAUGGGAGUUUGGCUGGGCAUUUGGACUUGGUGCUGGAUUGGUUCCCUUGGCGUUGGUUUCUUUGUUGGCGCUUGCGUAAUUGACAAGUAUCCGCCAACAUGGGGCUUUUAUAUCAGCAUCAUCAUGAUUGCUGUUGUGCUCUUCCUCAAUGUCCUAUGUCCCGAAGUCCGCCGGUCUGCCUUCAGAAGAUCGGUGGCAGAAGUAAGGACCAAUGGUGACAUUUCUCGUCGCGUGGCUCGGGGUGAGAUCAUGAUGCACAGAGUCAAGACCGGCCCCAAAUGGUGGGGGCAAGAGGUCUAUCAUGGCAUUCUUCUCACUCUGGAGAUGCUUCGCCAGCCUGGUUUCUUGAUCCUCGCCCUCUACUCCGCAUGGAUCUACGCACAGGUGGUGCUGACCAUUGUACUGCUGGGAUCGCUGACGUCGAAAUUUUAUAAACUUCGAUCUCCAAACGUAGGCCUACUUGUUGGCAGCGUUGCUCUUGGAGCCAUCUUGGCCAUUCCAUUUCAGAAAGCCAGUUUCUUUUCGCGAUCCCGUCAAGCCCAGCUAAACACCAACAAGGCAACCAUGGACAAGAAAAUUGCGUGGUCAUCGCAUCUCGUUCGACGCACAAUUUUUACCAUAUUACUGCCUUUGACAGGAGUAUGUUACGCUGCCGUAUCUUCUGGACCUCCGAUGCAUGUCGGAGUGCCCACCGUCUUUGCAUUCUGCAUAGGACUCCUAUCAUGCCUGGCAAUUGCAGAGUGCAAUGGUUUAGUGAUGGAGUGCUUCGACACUUCUGAUCUUUCACCGGGAAUGACGGGACGCCAACGCAGCAAAUCAGGAAAGUCUGAGAAGCGCACCAAUUACUCAUCUUUCCCGAGAGUCACUGCUGGUUUUGCAGCUAUCCAUACUCUAGCAUUCAUCUUUGCAGCGGGUGCUACCGCCCUUGGUGGGUUGGUUACCAGAACCCUGGGUCAACAGGUAGCUACUGGCGUAGUAGCAGGCAUUCUUUUCAUUCUCACAAUCAUGCUAUUGUUAAUCUUGGCUCGAUUCACAGAGGUGCAAAUUAUACCGAAUACCAAAAUAGAAGAAAUGGAUCGGUUGAUUGAGGCUCGUCGAAGAUCGACUAUUCGACGUGCGUCUAUGCCCAAUGACAAUAAAGCGGCUGUUGAAGAGGAGAAAGCAUGGCGGCCUGCUAUGCUCGGAAACCCUAUUGGCAAAAAGAGAAGGGUGAAUGUCUUUGAGCUCGGGAGCAAGUCACGAUGGCAAGAGAUCCGAAAGAAGAACAAGCUGGUUGAUGAGAAUGCCCAUCUGAAUCAGGCAGCCUGGAACCAAGGGCUGGAGGCUUUGGACGACAAGCUAAGCGAUAUCCAGAGCGACGUAGAAGACUUUUUCGGGCUGGGAAGUGUAAAGAAGAGGGGCUCAAGACGAUUACGUCGAUCAGACGAAACCAGUGAGUCAGCUCAGGAUAUUGAGAUGGUAAACAUGGGAAGGCAGGCAUCGGGAUCAAGGCCAUCUCCAAAGCGCUUCGUGGAGCGAGAAUGCGUCAUGAGUCAAACGGUGGCAGAAGAAAACGAAGGUCAGGAUGAUCAUCGAAGGAACCGCUGA